AUGACUGUGACAUGCACUAAAGUGCAAGAUUAUAGAGCUCUUUUACGAGCUCAUGAAGCUCGCGAUCGUGCUAUCAUGGUGGCUAACUUGGAUCGGGUAACAUUCUGGAGCUGUACGCAUACUCUAGUUCUCUUAGGUGUUGGUGCAUUGCAGGUCUACAUGAUCCGAAGUAUGUUUGAGGACAACUCUAAGCUAGGGCGACUCAUAAGAAGUGGAAAAACCGGGUACUAG